AUGUCCGACCCAUCGCAACCCUCUGCGCCAGCUACAGAGGACCAUGCAGACUCUUCAUCUGCACCGGAGUCGUCCCCCGCCCCGUCCGAAGCUCAACCCGAGUCCCCAACGGAGAAGGAACAGCUCGAUACCAAGGGCCAAGAAACCUCCGACCAAGAAUCAAAGGAAGUCGAAGAAGAAGACACAUCUGCACCACAUUUGCCCGAUGAAGUGCCCCCGCCACUCCCCGAUGAAGCACCGCCUGGGCCAGCUGAGGAUGAUGGAUGGGAGCCCGUAUGGGACGCCAACAGCAACGCAUUCUAUUUCUACAACCGAUUUACCCAAGUUUCUCAGUGGGACAACCCACGCGUGGCCACAGAAACCGCACCUGGCGUCGAAGCCAGCGCGCCCGAAGAACCCCCAAAGAAAGCUCCCACACUUGGUGGAUACAACCCCGCCAUCCACGGCGACUACGACCCGACUGCACCCUAUGCGCAGCAAUAUGAAGAGCAGACAGAAGAUGUGACUGGACCCGCACUGGAUUCGACCGCUGCGUACGCCGCAACCGGAACCUUUAACCGGUUUACUGGGCGGUGGCAGGCGGACUCGAUCAACCCGGAGAACCACAACGAUGAGAACAAAUCACGGCGGCAAAUGAAUGCAUUCUUUGAUGUCGAUGCUGCAGCCAAUGUGCACGACGGAAGGAGUCUCCGUGCUGAGCGCAGCGCCAAGAAGCUAAGCAAGAAGGAGCUGAAGAUGUUCAAGGAAAAGCGCCGGGAGAAGAAAGAAGAAAAGCGGAGGGCAUGGUUGCGAGAUUGA